UUCAUCUAUAUUAAAUCCUAUGUUAUUACAGAAUAUUGGCUUUAAACGGUUGCUUCAACAGCACGUCCGAUUCUCUAGAUACCAUUUUCAUGGAAGGCGGAUUUGUUGAUGCGUAAUAGCACAUGUUAUGUUUAUUUUUAGCUAGUUUUUGGCAUGUGUGUUGUUUAAGAAAUGUGUAGAUAGAUAUGCAUUGUGUUCACUAAAACGCACUGUUGUAUACAGAUAGCUUUUUAUGCCUUGUCCACUUGUAAUUUUGGAGUAUGUAUCAACGUAUCCCUGAAGAAAGAAAAAGAACCGGCUAUUAGUUUGGAGGUAAAUCAACAAUGGCUGGGGCUGUUGCUGUUGCUAUGGCAGCUGUCAUGGAGGACUUUGAGGGUCAGCCAUGCAAGAAAUUGAGGAAGGAUGCAGAUGCACCACCUGUCAGGACUAUUACUAAUUACUUUAUGCCCAAGCAAGUGGAAAAACAGUUCUCCCCACCGCGUUCAAACAACAUUAUGGACUACUUUAAGAAGACCUCCCCUGCACAAAUAAAAAGCUCUCCGGUAGCAAAAGACAACUCCCUGCAAAUUUCAGAGCAAGUUAGAAGCUCUGAAACCUCUAGUAAACCUGUAAGGGCACAGGGCCAGAAACGAACCAGGAAGUCCAAGGAAAACAAGAAGUCCAAACAGGUGGAUUCACAAGAGGUCACAGAGGAUCUUGUCUUGUUAGAGAGCCCCAGUGAAUCAGCUGUGAAGGAAAGUGCAAUCUCUUCUACCAAGGGUAGUGACACUUCUGCCCUUCUGACUCAGACUAGUCAUAAUGUCUCUUCAGACAAGGAAUCAGCUGGGAGGAAAAAAGCCACAGAGCCUGAUCCAAAUGCCAUGAAGGUUAAGAAUUCUGUGGAAAGUUCUGCACUGAAUGCUCCUGUAGAGAGCAAGGGUAAGAGCAAGAAAUCUUCUGUGAGGAGAAAUAGAAAAGCAAAAGGUGCUUCUGAAGAGACUAAGCAGUGUGCCAGUGAUGCUCAAGAGUCUGAGCAGCCGAUUUGUGAUACUAAAUCAGAGAACACUGCAGAUAUGACAGCCAUGCAGAGUAGCAGCACCAUCACAAUAUCAUUUAAAGACUUCCUGCAAAAUCAGAGCCAAGAGCAGGAAGCAGGUAAUGCUAUUCCCAAGCCUGACUGCAUUGCUCCUGACACUGUAAGUGAACAAAACACCUGUAUUGAUCAGAGUGACUCUGCAACUGGUCCUGUGCAGGUGUCACCCCGAACUCUCACGAUCCAAGCAGAGGUACAUCCCAUUUCUCCCGAUCAUGAGUCAGUCAAGGUGGUCAAGGAGUUGAAAGUCGCAUCUAUUUUUAGUAGAAAUAGAAAAGGUCAGAUAAAAGAGGACAAGACUUCAUCUGUUCCUACACCAGAGGUUAAACCAGAUGUAUUGCCUGACCACAAAAGGAAAUCUAAUGUUGUUCUUCUGGAGGAAGAUUUGGAACUUGAUGUGGUGGAGUCCAGCCCCAUGCCUAAAAGCACUGAGGCAGAGAGAAAGCAAUUUAUGAAUGCCUUCAAGCAGCCUAGCCUUGAAGGAGUGAAAAGCAAAACCAACAAGGGUCAGAGCAAGCAGAGCCAGGUUCAAGAGAAAGUUCCUGAGGCAGUAGGCGAGGAACAAGAAAAAUCUCUGGAGAACAAAUCAGAAGUGACCGGCUCUGAGCAGAAUGAAGAACAGACAAGCAGUACUGGUGACAAAAAGAAGCGAGUUAGUAAGCCUGGGAAGAAGGGACAAGCAAAGGCCGCUGAAGAUGCACUAGUUCCAACUCCGAAACCCAAGGAACUUUCUACAGAGAUGGAGGUUGACAAACAAAGUAGCUUAGCUGAUGAUGAAGAUAAUGGCAAACAGACUGUAAGAGAGCUGAGGAGGUCGAACAGAGAGCUUUUACGUAGACAGUCAGCUGCUGUGCUCAAUACAGAUGCCACGUCACAGACUAAAGGGAAGCAAGAGAACACUGUAAAUGAUGAUGUGACCCAAAAUACACCCUCCUUGGCCUCCACCCCAAAGGAACACAGGCUGAAAAGGGGCAUUUAUAGAGCUGAAAUGCUCUGCCCACCAGACCCGAAAGGCAGCCCCAUCAGGAUGAAAAUCACCAGAGUAUUUCCAUCAUCUGCCACAAGAGCUGGAGAUUUUGAAAUAUCAAGUCCUCUUGCAAUAAAGGACUUAAAUGCAAGUAAAAAAAGAAAAAAGGCUAGAAAGCUGGUGCAGAAAGCCAAAGCUAUUCAGCAAAGUAAAAAAGACACUAUUAAGGAAAAGGAAACUCUACGACGCUCUUCAAGAAGCAAAGAAUCCAUCGUUAAUUACUGUGAGGAUGAGGACUCAGUAGUGUUUUUGGAGCAGAGUAAAUGCACCAGAGUAACUUCAGAGGAAAGCAGCAAAAAACAGAAAAAUCAUCGCAGUUUAAAUGAGGUUUUGGGGAAAAGUACAGUUCAAAACAAAGCAUUCAAGACUUCUGCAGAGAAAAAAGCUCAGAGACCAUCAGGUGUCAUCACAAUCUUUGAUGACAGCAGUCUAGAGGCAUCGGAGAACUCUCAAGAUGAUGAACAGUUCAGAGCAAAGAGAGAGUUUCUGAAGAGUGGUCUUCCAGAGUCAUUUAAAAAGCAGAUUGCAAAGACAGCAGCCAGCCAAGAGGCUUACAAUCAAGCUUGUGCUUCAUUCCAGAUGGUGUUGCAUAUCCAACAAAGGGCUGCAGAUUGUUCAUUGUGGAACCUCGGGUGGCCUUCAAAUCCCUUCCUAAUUUGCUUAAAGGAGUCCUAUAAUUUACCAUCUGCACCACUGAUGUUUUUGGAGAGGUCUUUGGAUUAUACUACAAUUCCUACCAAGAGAACAUUUUGCCAGCGGGUUUUUUGCUGUUGGAAAGAGAUUUCUGAGCCUGUCAGGCAGCAUCUUUUGGAGGAGAUCAGAAACUCCAAUCCCUCUUUCCCUCACCAGAGAUUCUUCACACACUUUGUUAAGAGACAUGAGGACUACAACCUUCAGGCCUCUGCAUCAGGACCUGAAGUUGAGGCUAAAACAUUCUGCCCUGCUGGAUCAUCGAAGUCAGGCAUCGGAAGAAAACGGAAGCGUGUUGAUGAAGGGGAAGGAACCGGCAAAGUGGGGAAAAAAACAAAGUCCAGUCACAUAGAAGGGGACGUCAUAGUGAUCGAUGGAAGUCCACCAUCAGGGAAGUCAGGGGGUCCAGUAGCACAGGAUGUCACUGAAACUGUGCCUUCUGUCAGAAAUCGAAGAGGUCGAUCACAGAGACAAAAUAAGAAAGAAGAGCCGAAGCCUGCAGAGUUAACCUCACCUGUGGGAAACCAGAGUGAGUCUCCCAUUACACUGGAUUCCCCUGUGCCAGGAGCUACAGGCACAGAAGAUGGGGUGAAAGAGGAUGUGCUUUGGUCAGAGAAAUAUCAGCCACAGCACUCAAAUGAUGUAAUUGGAAAUAUGGAAUCUGUUCGGAGACUGCACAGCUGGCUGAAAGAGUGGAAAUUGAGAGCUGAUCGGGAGGAGAAGAGAAAACAGCAAGAAAAGAAGCAAGAGGAGGACAGUAAUGACUCUUGGCUCUUAGGGGAUGGUGGUGAGGGACUAGAAGAGAUGGAAGAUCUGUGUAACACACUGCUUAUAAUUGGACCCACUGGGGUGGGAAAAACUGCUGCGGUGUAUGCCUGUGCUCAGGAACUGGGUUUCAAGGUAUUUGAAGUGAACUCUUCUUCUCAAAGAAGUGGUCGUCAGAUCUUAUCUCAGCUGAAAGAAGCCACUCAGUCUCACCAAGUGGACAUCCAGGGUGUUAAUGCCCACAAACCGUCCUACUUCAGCAAUUAUAGCAGCACCGGUACCAACCCCAAACCUGGCACCUCCCCAAGAAAGGUGAACUCUCCCAGAAGGGUUGUAUCAUCUCCCAGGAAGCCUCAUCAGUCUCCUCGAAGUGCUCUGUCUAAGAGAGGCAGCUUGGCUCCUACUUCUCUGGCCAGUUUCUUCAAAGCAGGUGGAAGUUCUACAGGCAAAGAAGCAAACAAUCUAGACAAGAAAGCACAGCCUGCAUGUAAAAAGAAGUCUACUAAAGCAAAGGACACAGACAACGAAAGCAAAGAGAGCAUUAGUGGAACACCAGCAGGGACCAAGAUAUCCAAUGAAGACCAGGGCAAGAGAACGGCAACAUCCCUUAUCUUAUUCGAGGAGGUGGACGUCAUAUUUGAUGAUGACACUGGGUUCCUGGCUGCAGUAAAAACCUUCAUGACCACAACCAAGAGACCAGUGAUUCUAACAACCAGUGAUCUGACCUUUGGUGCUUCAUUUGAUGGGUACUUUGAAGAAAUCCAUUUUAAAGCUCCUUCAGUGGCAGAUGUGUCCAGUUACCUACAGCUGCUGUGUCUGGCAGAAAACAUGAGGACAGACAAUAAAGAUAUGUCCUCACUGCUGGACUGGAACAGAUGUGAUAUUCGUCAGAGCCUGCUGCACCUGCAGUUCUGGGCCUGCAGUGGUGGUGGACAGCAGGUGCAAAGGCCUCUACCUUCCUCAGAGCUCAAAUGUGAGGUUCAGUCUGUCAAAGCUGAUGGUAUGUGUGUCGAUAGUUUACCACCCUGCCACACUGCUUGCACAGAGAGUUUGCUGGGGAUCCUGAAUUUGCAAACAGAAAAUGUUGCAGAUUCACUUCUGAAGCAUGAGUCAUCAGUACUUGAGAGUGUGAGGUGCUGGGAUCUUCUCUCAGAGGUCCAGCGAAGGGGAGUAGAUCUUCUCUAUUCCAAUAUUGUGAGUCUGCUCCCUCUGCCCACUCGACCCUUAUCGCCAUCUUCCCUCAAAUCACAAGCAGCACCACACCCACCGUCCCAACCUGAGCAAGUAACUCAGACUUUGAGUUUAAAAGUUUUGGAAGAGCCCUCUGAUGAUGGAAGUCCUCUUAAGGUGUCCUCCAGAAUGAGGGGGAGGAAGAAGCUCUGCAUGACCAAUAAAGAUGUUUUCCAGUCUGAUUCAGAGUCGGAGGAUGAGUGCCUCUUGAUACCAAAGCCCAACAAUGCUCCUGUUCAAAGGACUAAUGAGGAACCAGCAGAUCAGCCUGUUAAGGAGUCACAUGUUUCUCAAGCUGCACCAGUGAAACUGAGAUGUGCUGUGUUAACUGAAGCCGACAGAAAGAAGAAUGUGCCAGUGUCACAGUGCUUGAACAGUUUAGCAGAGUACAUGGACCACAUGUCCUUCCUGGACUCGUCACUGUUUUACCAGCCAUCUCAGACUGAGGGUUCCUGCAGACCACACUACUUUGGCUGGACUGGUGCAGAAGUCAAAAGCGGGAUGACCGAUGAGGUUCGGUUACAGUGUGGCAGCCAGGUAAAUGGGAUCAGUGCAGAGGAAAUCCACUCUACACUGGGUCAUUUAAGUUUUAGGAAGUGUAGGGCUGCGAUCACCGAGGCCUGGGGAAGAGCUCAGGAACUGGAGGAGGAGAUCCGAAGAGAGGCGGAGGAGGAGCUCACCCUCCUCGUGGCUCCACACAGACAAGGUUUCAGUCUCACUCAAAUGACGCCCUGUGAAUCAAGGGUGAUGGAGAGGAAGAGUGAGGUGAUGAAAUCAGUGCUUUCCAGCAGGUCAGCUGGAACACUGUGGAACCGAACAGCAGCGGCUCUGGACUAUCUCCCCUCUCUACGUACCAUUUGUAGGUCAGAGAGACUGAAGGAGCAGGGAAAGAUCAAGCGCAGAUUCCUGCACUAUUUAAAUGGCAUACACUUCGCUCUUCCCAAAAGCACGGUGGAGUUUCUGGCCUCUGAGUUCCCUUAAAUAACAUCUUUAGGCAGCUACUUAAGUGCUGCUGGAAUUAUGCAUUUAUACAGUAAUAUAUACUCAGAUAAGGAGUGUGGUUUUAUGUUGUCUUGCGGACAGGACUGAUUUGUGUUGAAAUGUUUUAAAUUUGCUGUUGCGCAUUAUGAAGAUCGGUAUGUUUUGUACUUUUAAUUUUACAAAAUAUUUUAUCAAGUAAUAAAUUUGGAUUUGCUAUUUGCCAGCAAACACUUUUUUUCUUAAAAAUUGUAUGUAAAUUGCAAGAACUCUGUAAAUGUGAUGGUGCUAUAAGAAUUUGUUUACAGAUAUUAUUUUACCUGGUUGCCCUGUUUAUUUCGUCAUUAUGUGGUUGUGGAACUCAGGUGUUAGAUGAUGUUUUUUUUCAUGAAACUUCAAGUCAUGAAUCUUUUUUCACUUCCACAGUGAAACCAUCUCCUAAAUGUAGCAAUUUUAAUUCACUUGAAUUCAGGACAACAAAUGUGUAACUUUUUUUUCCCUCCAGUAAAAAACCAAUGA